AUGGAGGACAGAACCUCAGGCCUGAGACACCUGGGCACCCAGCACCCAACUGAAGAGCCAGCUGGGAAGAGCAGGGAUGUUCUUCAGCUCAGCGGAGUGCAGAGCAGCAAGGGCCUAAAGGAGACCCCGAUUAAGUUCUCUAGCAGCACCGUGUCACUGAUGGAAUUUAUAAAGCUGAUGUCCGACCUGCUGCUGUUGGGAGUCAUGAAAGUCGGCUGGCAAGAGAAUAGCCGCUCCACACCACUGACCUGCACGCGCCUGCGCUGCUGCCGCCCGGCUGGGACAGGUAACCGCGCGCCGGCCCCGCUCCGCGUGAGCCCCGUGUCCCGGGACAAUCCUGGGAUAAUCCUGCUCUCGAGCAGGCGAGUCGCGCACUUCGGGCGGACAGACCCGGAGCGACCCGGAAUCACACGCAGUUCAGUCCGGCAGUACCUGCAGUUCCUCCCAGACCAGUCUGUGCUCAUCCUGCAUGCCAAGGUGGCGCAGAAGUCCUACGGUAACGAGAAACGAUUCUUCUGCCCUCCUCCAUGUGUCUACCUCACUGGGCCAGGCUGGAAACUCAAACAGGAACUGCUGAAAGCCAGCGGUCUGGGAGACUCCAGCUGCAGGGUGCGGGGCUACAUGGGGCUGGACAGCGCUGGCGUCACCCAGAGCAACACCCUGAAACUCAAUUUUGAGGAACAGCUGGACUCAAAGAUGUUUGGCUGUGCAAAGGCUCUGUACAUCUCUGAUGCUGACAAAAGGAAACACUUCAGGCUGGUUUUGAAGCUGUUCUUCAGCAAUGGGCAGGAGAUAGGCUCCUUUUACAGUAGGCAGAUCAAGGUGAUCUCUAAGCCAUCCCAGAAAAAGCAGUCCAUGAAGAAUGCAGACUUGUGCAUUUCCUCGGGCUCCAGGGUGUCCCUGUUCAACCGGCUGCGCUCCCAGACCGUCAGCACGCGGUACCUCUCCGUGGAGGGAGGGGCUUUCGUGGCCAGUGCCAGGCAGUGGGCAGCCUUCACCAUUACCCUGGGGGGCGAGCAGCAGGCUGAGCAGGGGCAGUACCCGCCGCGUGAGGGCUACAUCUGCUACGGCUGCAGUGUGCGGCUGGUGUGCACCGGCACUGGGGUGGCCCUGCCCCCCAUGGUAAUCAGGAAGGUAAACAAGCAGCAUGCCAUGCUGGAUGUGAAUGAACCGGUCUCCCAGCUGCACAAGUGUGCUUUCCAGUUCAAAGACAGCAGCAGGAUGUACUUAUGUCUCUCCAAUGAAAAAAUCAUACAGUUUCAGGCCUCUCCCUGCUCCAAGGAUCCCAGUAAAGAGCUGCUGAAUGACGGCUCAUGCUGGACCAUCAUUGGCACAGAGAUGGUGGAAUACACAUUCAGUGAGAGCCUGGCCUGCCUGCAGGGCCCUGUCACUCCCAUCCCACUCAUCAGCACUCUGGAGCUGAAUGGUGGUGGAGAUGUGGCCAUGCUGGAGAUCCAAGGAGAGAACUUCAGCCCCAGCCUGAAGGUCUGGUUUGGAGAUGUAGAAGCAGAGACCAUGUACAGGAGCCCCAAGUCCAUGUUGUGUGUGGUGCCUGACGUGUCUGUGUUCAGCGGAGAGUGGCGAUGGCAGAGACACCCCAUCACGGUGCCCCUGUCCCUGAUCCGCACUGAUGGGCUGAUCUACCGCAGCUCCUUCUCCUUCACCUUCACGCCCGAAUUGAGCCCCCUGAUCAGGUCCAGAGCCCCACCAGAGUGUCCCCCUGACUCCGACUCGCUGAUCAACACCAUCCAUCAGGAGUUCACUCGCACCAACUUCCACCUCUUCAUGCAGAGCUAAUCCUGGACCAUCGAUCAAGACACAUUCCACCCCAUAAAGACAGGGGACACACAAAACAAUUCUGAACAAGCGCAAAAAUAAUUAAGCCUCCAGUUAUUCAGUGCUGCUCAGGAACCAGCAGAGCCAUGCCUCGGCCUGAGGUGGGCAUCCUGGAUGUGCUAGAGGAGACCUGUGUGAACUGGAGGUGUCACCCACAGGCUGUAAUUAGAGCUGCAGGAUCUCACAUCUCAGAGCUCUUUGAACUGGAGGAGAUGGAGCGGCUCAGAAUCCUCGGGGCCACGAUGCAUGUGAUCCAGGCUCCCCUCCUCUUCUCUGUAAGUGUGAUGGCUGUGAAAGUGGGACUAUGUCUGCUUCCGUCUGUCAGCCAUGGCUAAGAACAGUGACACUGGCUCUCUCCCUCAGCUCCACGUUUCUCUUUUGCCAUCUUUGUACUGCACAAUGGACAGCAUGAAAACAGAGAGAGACAGAAUUAGCAAAGUCUCAUUGAGAAACUGGUAAUGCAAAGGUGAUGUUUCAUAACUUUAAUAUAUGCAGGAAGUUUAAUUGGUAUUUGUAUUUGCAGGAAGGCUAGAUAUUGCUUGGACUACUCCUUGUUUCAUAGGAUUACAUACAUUUGCAUGACUCACCUUAAAUUGCCCUCCUGGGAUGAGUUAAGUAUUUUGAAUUGAAUUGAAUUAAACGCUGGAAAGGCUUUUCCAAUCAGAAAGUCUAAAAAGCACUGCAGAGAAGAGCAGAAUACAUGAGAAUCUUGUUUUUUUAAUCUCUACACAAUUCUGGGAGUGUGAUAGUGAGAUGAGUCAUUUCAUUCUGCAGGGGCUCAGGAAAUGUCAAAAGCUACAACGAAUUAUACAGUAUGUCAUCCAGUUCGUUGAGCUGGAUGAGAAGAGAAACAGUUUUUAAAAAGUUCAGUGAAUUGGGCAGGAAACAGAAAGCUCAGCUGACAUAGAAAAAUACUCAACAACACAAAUUAGACUGCCUUGCAUUAUUCUGAGCAAGUGUAGGCAGACUCCUCUGUCCCAGCCAUCUUUAAGUCAGCACUGAUGGGUGGAAAGGUGCGCCCCUCGUCGAGAGACGGAGGGGUCACUGUGUCGCCGGGUCCUCCCGCCCUCUCCCUGCCCUCUGGCUGGGGAAUUGGGAGGUGUAAUUGGAAGAAUUCUGCACAAUGGUACAGCAAUUGAAAAGCAAGUAACAAUGAGGAAAGUGAGAGAAUUCAUGCGUGUGGAGGUUCGGCAGUGGGUCUGCAUGUCUUCCUGCGUGUCAUCAUGCUAUCUGACUGAUAUUUAAGCGUCUAAAUUACACACAUUGAGAUAUAAUUCUACUCAGGAACAUGGGAAGAGAACAAUGAGUUUCCAACACCUCUCACCUGACAGCUUAUUAAAAGUUGAUCCAGCCUGUGAGCCCUGAGCCCACAGUCCGCUCUCUCACACAACCACAGCAAGGGGUCCAGAACUUCAGCCAAGACUCCUUUGAUUCCCCCAAGAGCUUAAUGAGUUGACAAAUUGUAAUUUUACAGCUGGAGACUGGCAAUGCACUAUAUUUUACAACAAAUAUUUGAACAGCUUAUGAUUUAUAUCUGCAAGGCCAAUACUUUAAUAAUUGCAGCAGAGCUAGUGGUCAUGGAAAAUUAGUUUUGGGAAAGUUAAAAAAAUUUCAUGGAACAGACCAAUAAUAUUCCUUGUAAUAUGUGAUGGGUUUAUUAUUCCCAGUCACGCAGAACACUUCCUAAUAUUAAAGAAGUUUAUGGGAUUUUGAGAAAAUGUAAGGUAAAGGUAAACAGUGGAUGAUUAUUUCACUUUGUUUUUCACUUUGUGCUUCUCAACUUCCAUCAGGUUCUACAAACACAUCAAAAUAGCAUUAAACUGCAUAUAUCAGCAAAGAAAACCUUUUUACUUUAGAACAGAAUUAAUCAUUUUAAAAGAUCUA